AUGAUCACAGUCAACCCUGAUGGGAAGAUAAUGGUCAGAAGAUGCCUGGUCACCCUGAGACCGUUUCGGCUCUUUGUCCUGGGCAUCGGCUUCUUCUCACUCUGCUUCCUGAUGACGUCUCUGGGAGGCCAGUUCUCUGCCCGGCGCCUGGGGGACUCCCCCUUCACCAUCCGCACAGAAGUGCUGGGAGGGCCGGAGUCCCGCGGCGUCCUGCGCAAGAUGAGUGAUCUGCUGGAGCUGAUGGUGAAGCGCAUGGACACUCUGGCCCGACUGGAGAAUGGCAGUGAGCUGCACCGGGCUGCUGGGGACCAGCACUUUGCUGUGGACAGGUUUCCCCCUGGGGCCGGCCUCAUGGAGCGGAUCCAGGCCAUCGCCCAGAACGUGUCCGACAUCGCCGUGAAGGUGGACCAGAUCCUGCGCCACAGUCUGCUCCUGCACAGCAAGGUGUCUGAAGGCCGGCAGGACCAGUGUGAGGCACCCAGUGACCCCAAGUUCCCUGACUGCUCAGGGAAGGUGGAGUGGAUGCGUGCCCGCUGGACCUCGGACCCCUGCUAUGCCUUCUUCGGGGUGGAUGGCACCGAGUGUUCCUUCCUCAUCUACCUCAGUGAGGUUGAGUGGUUCUGUCCCCCGUUGCCCUGGAGGAACCAGACGGCUGCCCAGAUGGCCCCCAAGCCCCUCCCCAAAGUCCAGGCAGUUUUCCGGAGCAACCUGUCCCACCUCCUGGAGCUGAUGGGCAGUGGGAAGGAGUCUCUAAUCUUCAUGAAGAAACGGACCAAGCGGCUCACGGCCCAGUGGGCGCUGGCUGCCCAGCGGCUGGCACGGAAGCUGGGAAGCGUCUGGAGGGACCAGAAGCAGAUCCUUGUUCACAUCGGCUUCCUGACGGAGGAGUCUGGUGAUGUGUUCAGCCCGAGGGUGCUAAAGGGCGGGCCUCUGGGUGAGAUGGUGCAGUGGGCAGACAUCUUGGCCACUCUCUACGUCCUGGGCCAUGGCCUGCGGAUCACAGUGUCCCUGAAGGAGCUGCAGAGUAACUUAGGGGUGCCGCCAGGCCGGGGGAACUGCCCACUCACCAUGCCCCUGCCUUUCGACCUCAUCUACACUGACUACCACGGCCUGCAGCAGAUGAAGCAGCACAUGGGACUGUCCUUCAAGAAGUACCGGUGCCGAAUCCGGGUCAUUGACACCUUCGGGACAGAACCCGCAUACAACCAUGAGGAGUACGCCACGUUGCACGGCUACCGGACCAACUGGGGCUACUGGAACCUCAACCCCAAGCAGUUCAUGACCAUGUUCCCUCACACCCCGGACAACUCCUUCAUGGGUUUCGUGUCCGAGGAGCUCAACGAGACGGAGAAGCAGCUCAUCAAAGGCAGCAAGGCCAGUAACAUGGCCGUGGUAUACGGCAAGGAAGCGAGUAUCUGGAAGCUCCAGGGGAAGGAGAAGUUCCUGGGCGUCCUGAACAAGUACAUGGAGAUCCACGGCACUGUGUACUAUGAGAGCCGGCGGCCCCCUGAGGUCCCAGCCUUCGUGAAGAACCACGGCCUCUUGCCACAGCCCGAGUUCCAGCAGCUGCUACGCAAGGCCAAACUCUUCAUAGGCUUCGGCUUCCCUUACGAGGGCCCCGCGCCCCUGGAGGCCAUCGCCAACGGCUGCGUCUUCCUCCAGUCCCGCUUCAGCCCGCCCCACAGCUCGCUCAACCACGAGUUCUUCCGAGGCAAGCCCACCUCCAGAGAGGUGUUCUCCCAGCAUCCCUACGCAGAGAACUUCAUCGGCAAGCCCCACGUGUGGACCGUCGACUACAACAACUCGGAGGAGUUUGAAGCAGCCAUCAAGGCCAUCAUGAGAACCCAGGUAGACCCCUACCUGCCCUACGAGUACACCUGUGAGGGGAUGCUGGAGCGAAUCCAUGCCUACAUCCAGCACCAAGACUUCUGUGCAGCCCCAGGCCCUGCCCCAGUAGGGGCCCGGGCCCCACCGAGUCCCUUCGUCCUGGCCCCCAAUGCCACCCACCUGGAGUGGGCCCAGAAUGCCAGCUUCGCCCCCGGGGCCUGGCCCCCAGCACACUCCCUCCGGGCCUGGCUGGCCACCGCUGGGAGGGCCUGCACGGACGUGUGCCUGGACCACGGGCUGAUUUGCGAGCCCUCCUUCUUCCCCUUCCUUAACAGCCAGGACGCCUUCCAGAAGCUGCAGGUGCCCUGUGACAGCACCGAGUCAGAGAUGAACCACCUGUACCCGGCCUUCGCCCAGCCCGGCCGCGAGUGCUUCCUGCAGAAGGAGCCUCUGCUCUUCAGCUGUGCGGGCUCCAGCACCAAGUACCACCGUCUCUGUCCCUGCCGAGACUUCCGGAAGGGCCAGGUGGCCUUGUGCCAGGACUGUCUGUGA